AUGUUUGGAAUUAUCGUGUGUGGUGUUACGGUUUUCUUAAUAUCAUGGAUAUACCUUCGUUGGAGAAAUGUUAGAGAGUAUUGGGCAAGGCGUGGUGUGCCUCACUCACCACCUCAUCCCCUGAUGGGCAGUCUCACAUUCUUGCAGCAAAAGAAUCCGGAAAAGUUAUACGCAGAAUUAGUGGAAGCAAAAGAUAAGUGUGCAAACAAUAGCUUGGAUAUCAACACCCUUGCUGAUUUGCAAUACCUGAACUGCGUUAUUAAAGAGGCUCUAAGAAAGUAUUCACCAAUGGGUUGGAUGGACAGAGUGGCGUUGGUCGACUAUAAAAUUGAUGACAAAUUAACCAUACCCGCGGGCACACCUUUGUAUGUUAAUGCUAUUGGAAUGCAAUAUUAUGAAGAGUUCUACCCAGAGCCGGAAAAAUUUGACCCGGAUAGGUUUUUGCCAGAAAACGAGAAAGAGUCACUGCAAUUCACAUAUCUGCCAUUUGGAGAAGGACCCAGAAAUUGUAUUGGAAAAAGAUUCGCCCAGAUAUCCCUGCGGAGUGCUCUUGCAAAACUGGUUUUGAACUACGAGUUCCGACCUUUACCCGGCCAGCCUAAACCCUCUGAAAUUGACAUUGACAAACUUGGUCUAUUUUACGUCCCAUCACACCAUCUCAACCUUGACUUCAUACGACGAUAG